GUUUGUGCUCAUUCCUGGAUGUACUAUAUUCGAAAGUGAGACGCGGAUUAUUCAUUUUGGUUUACUGUGACUAAUAAUAGAGUUGGCACUUCCUCGAACAUAUUGUUACUCAGUGCCCCUCUACCCGUCGUUCAUCUACGAUACGUUUCGAUUUGUGAAACCUGUAUACGCUUGUUAUGACAUUGAGAAAACAUUUGUGAUGUUAUAAGACCGAACGAACAUCCACAUUUCGACCUUUAAUCUGCAGUUGUAAUUAUGAAUGAGUGUUAUGUAACGAAUGAUGCCAAGCUUCAUGCUUUAUAAUUCCCACUUGUCAUAAAAAGAUAUCAUGUAAUCGUGGGAUUUCUGCUUACCUUCAAAUCCCAAGUGCCUACUUUGUGCGCCACAGUUUGUUUUGGACAUCUGAUUGCCACACACCAACCCUUUGGUGCAACCUUUAGCAGAUAUUUCUGUUUUGAUAUCACUUGAAUAUAAUUAGUUAUUUCCAUGUUUUCAGAAAUUAUGUCGGAAUCAUCCCAAAAAUACGGUCCUCUCGUUGGUGCUUUGGAUGAAGGUACAAGCAGUGCCAGAUUUUUGGUAUUCUCAUCAAAAACAUCAGAGAUAGUUGCUUCACACCAGAUUGAAACCCACAGCAUUUACCCUCAGGAAGGGUGGGUUGAACAAGAUCCAAAAUUCAUCCUCAAAGUUGUUACUGAAUGCAUAAACUGUGCAGUAGAAUCCCUGAAAGAGAAAGAUCUUAGUGUGUCUGAUAUUGUCGCUAUUGGUAUCACAAAUCAACGUGAAACAACUGUUGCAUGGGAUUUAAUAACUGGAGAACCACUGCACAAUGCAAUCAUAUGGCUGGAUGUUCGCACUGCUGAAACAGUCGAGCGACUUUUGGAUCAAAUCCCUGGAAAAGAUAAAAACCACUGGAAAAAACUCUGUGGUCUCCCUAUGAGCCCAUAUUUUAGUGCUGUCAAAAUUCGUUGGUUAAUCGAUAACGUAAAAUCUGUUCAGCAAGCUGUUAGAGAAAAGAGAUGUUGCUUUGGAACAAUCGAUUCUUGGCUGAUAUGGAGGCAGCACGUUUGAUUCUUCAAUAUCCCUACGGAAGUACUUCCUAAAAUCUUUAGUUCUUCUGAAAUAUAUGCACCUGUGUCAGAUGGCCCAUUGCAAGGAAUUCCAAUAUCAGGUUGUUUAGGUGACCAGCAUGCAGCUUUGGUGGGUCAGAUGUGCUUUAAGAGAGGGCAGGCAAAAAGUACUUAUGGAACAGGGUGCUUCCUCUUAUACAACACUGAAUCAGCAAAAAUUGAAUCAUCCCAUGGGCUUAUUACUACUGUCGCGUAUCAGCUAGGCAAGAACACUCCUGCUGUAUAUGCAUUAGAAGGGUCUGCAGCUGUGGCAGGAGCUGCCCUGAGAUGGUUGCGAGACAACAUUCAACUUCUUGGCGAUAUUUCUGAGACUGAGACAAUUGCGGACUCAGUUGUCUCUACAGAUGAUCUGUAUUUUGUGCCUGCAUUUUCUGGACUGUACGCUCCAUAUUGGCAGCCUGAUGCCAGAGGAGUGAUAUGUGGAAUUACAGAAGAUACUACACAAAACCACAUUGUGCGUGCUGCUUUGGAAGCUAUUUGUUUCCAGACAAGGGAUAUUUUAGAAGCUAUGUCCAAAGAUUGUAAAACUCCUUUAAUGAAGCUGCAAGUUGAUGGAGGAAUGACUGUCAAUAAUUUGUUGAUGCAGUUGCAAGCUGACCUCCUAGGGAUUACAGUCAUGCGUCCACAAAUGGCAGAAACUACAUCAUUGGGAGCAGCAAUUGCAGCAGGUUGUGCAAAAGGAAUUGAUGUGUGGAAUGUCUCUGAUAUUCCCCAAGUGCCAUGUGAUGAAUUCAAACCUCGAACAACCCAAGAGGAGAGAGAUGCAAGAUAUUCACGAUGGAAAAUGGCUGUGGACAGAUGCAUGGGCUGGAAUGUCUCUUAAAAAAAUUUUACCUUGAGAAUUAUUUUUAUUAUCAUCAGUGGCGUAGCUUCAGUUGGUGUCACCUGGGGCAAAACUAAUUGGUACCUCUCAUAAAUUAAAUAUAAAAAUAUAUAUUACUGAAUAGUUUAUACAUUAUUUAAUGAAAAUAAAAGUAUAUUUGCCCAAAACAUUUAUGUAUAAUAUAUUAAAAAACUAUUGUAUGUAAUUCAGAAUAAUUGAAAUAUAAUUUUUAAAUAAAUACUUAUAUAAUUCCAACUAUAAAAUCUUUCUAAUUGGUCUCAGUCCUAAAAUGAUGUCACCUGGGGCAGACUGUCCCCCUUUCCCUUACAACUAUGCCACUGAUUAUUAUUUUAAGUUACAGUGUAUUGUUAAUCAGAAAUGUUUUGCUUUGUUUCAUUUUAUGUUUUUUGCUCAGUUAGCUGUUAAGAAAUUAAAUUUUUGUUUUGGGGGUAUCUUAUAUUAAGUAUGUAUUGACAAUAUAUGUAGGAAACUGUUAGGGCAGAGAAUUAAUUUUAGAUUAUUGUUUUAUUUAAUGUCUAUCCUAAUAGAUGUUUAUUUUUGUACAGUGUGUGAUUUCUAACUUGUACAUAUAUAUAUUUUUAGUGACCUAUUUACAUAUAUUUUUUAUCCUAUUGUAACCUAUAAAUAUAUUGUUUUUUUAAUUAACAAUUUUAUGUUUUUAUUAAUCAAAGUGUAAUUAUAACUAGAAUGAAUAUAAGAAGUUUAUUUUGAAAGUCAAAUUUUUAGUGGUGUUUGAAGUCUGAGAAAACAAAAUUGAAGUAAUUCAUUAUUAGUUGGCAUUUAUGUAAGGAGAGGAAAAUAACAUUAACAUUUGCCAUGCACCCCAGGUUGUGAUGAGAUGCAGGUACCUGGCUAAUAUUGCAUAACAAGGAAAUAAAGUCAUCUGUAAGAUGUUCAUUAUAUU